AUGGCUCCCAAGUCUCCCACUUCUAGAUUGGAUUUCUCUCGCCGAGCCGAAGGCGGUCCGCAGAAUAUUCCAUUCAAGGAAAUCCGACAAGGCAUCCUUCCGUACGAGGAGGUAGACUUCUCCGGCAACUCUUUGUCGGCCAACGAGCUCCCCGAGGUGAUCAAGAUUUGCAAGCGGUGCCCCAAACUGCGCGUUCUCAAGCUCUUCAAGAACUGCAUCGAUGAUCAUGGAGCUCAGGAUUUGGCUGAUCUUUGCCGGUCUGCCCCAGGUCUCGAAGAAAUUCAUCUGUCACACAACAUGUUCACAGCAGCUGGUGCGACUGUUAUCAUCAAGGCGGCAGAAGAAUAUCGCAGACCAGACACCGUGCCCUUGUGGCUGCGAUUGGAGCAUAAUUAUAUAGAAGAUGCAGAGAGGGUUUUCCAGAACCUUCAGAACCGGUACAGCGUUUGCAGGCGGACAGAUGCCAAGUUGUGCGCUGCUCGCACCUGCCACCACAGGUGCAGGGUUCAUCUUCCGCACUUCUGCCUGCAGCGGUUGUCCCAGGUAGAGUCCAACCAGGAGCCCAAAAGGUCCCCGACACAUGCCAAUCAGCACUCGCUGUUCGGGCAGUGCAUGCGCAAAUUUCGGGCUGAUUUGGAGCGUGAGAACAAGGACAAAGUCAAGAUUGAUUCCCAAAUGGAGAGGAUGGAGAUGCGUGCACAGCCCAUGGGGGACCCUCGCAUCGAGCCCUUCGACCCACAAGUGGACGAUCGAAGACCUUCUUGGACAAGGGAGGUCUCAGACCGAGAUGCGGAGGACUUUGCAGGUUUUCCUGCAGGGCCGCCCCGCGGCCCAAAACAAAAGGAAGUUCACCCAGAGCAGCUUGUGGAUCCGGACAGUUGCCAGGAGUUCGUUUGCAUGCUUUGUGAAGGAGUGAUUCACGAUCCAACUCUCACAAGGUGCUCUCACAGUUUUUGCAGCGACUGCUUCCAGAAUUGGGUGAUGGGCAGAGUACGGGGGCACUUGAACCAGACUGGACCAAAGGCCGGCUGCUCGAUGCAGAACAUUCCCUGCCCGCAAUGUGGUCAAGGAUUGAGGAAGUGCGAUAUCGUUCCUUUGCAUCAUGCUCGUCAUGCCGCUGCCCUUGUGCUGCAACGCUGCUGGAGCAACGUUCGCAUCAGAUGCAUCCAUCACCCUCAGCAUUUUCAGCAUCCGUUCGGACACUAUGCCCAACAGCUGUCGCACCACACUGGUGUUGAGUGCUCCUGGCUUGGGAACUUGUGCGACUAUGUGUCUCACAUAAGCAAGUGUCCAGUUCAGAACUAUGACAACGGUGACAACUGGGCAACUGGCGGAGAGAGUCAGGAUGGCGGUGAGGCUGAGGUUGCGCCCGUUUUUGCUGAGGACGACAUCUGCAUCGUGCUGUAUGAUUACACUCCGGACAACAACCCGAACAAGAUCGCCCUUUCAGAGGGUGAUCUUGUCAGAGUUUACAGGACAGCUUCCAAUGGUUGGACAGGUGGUUCCGUCCUAGGCCCCGACAUGCAAGAUGUUGGCGAGCCUGGCUGGUUCCCAACAAAUCUCUUGGAUCGCUAUGACGAGCGCUACUGGGCUGAGGACAACGCGGGGUACACUUACGAGGAGCAGUAUGGAGAGCACAUCGGACACGGCGGCGAGCUCACCGAUGCGAACCAUGAUACACACAUCGAGGACUACGACCAGGGCCUUGGGGAUAGCUCUGGCGAGAUGUAUGACGAUACCUACAACCAAGCAAAGGACAAACCUUAUCCUGAGUCGUUUGAAGCUCAUUACAAUGACUUUGACAAGUCGUACGCCCAGCCUGUGGACAAAUUUGGUGAGCCCUUCGAGGAGUACGUGGAGGUAACCAUGGCAGAUGUGAACUUGCCAAGGCCGAGGCAGUACAGCGAUCCAGGCGGCGAGCAGGAGUAUGGCGAUUCCCCAGAGGAUGCAUACCCACAGUCGUUUGAGAAGUACGGAAACACGUUCGAUCAACCUUUCGACAAGCGUUUUGUUGAGCCUGCAGAAGAGGCAUAUGCUGAGCCAUUCAGUCAGCCUGAGAAGGCCUUCCAGCAACCUUUUGAGAAGCAGCUCUGCGAGCCUUACAAAUCCUUCAACCCGAGCUUCGAAAAGCACUACGGGGAGUCUUUGGAGAAGUCUUACGAGGAUUCCUACAUUCAGUGCUACGACCAGCAUUAUGACCAAUGGUAUGACGAUACAUAUGUGCAGUACGGAUACACGAUGUAG